AACGUAGCAAAAUGUGGAAAAAGUCAAUGUGUCUGAAUACCUUCCGAAGGCACUGUAUAUCUGGGUCAUGAUUCGUCUAUGUCAUCUCCCUCAGUGACCCCUAGCCUUAUAAGGAGUUGGAAUGGAAGACUAUGGCCUUUGGUCCAUUCCCUGUAUGCCUCUUUGAUAUCUGGGGUGAAAUAAGAGCUAUUGUUAGGUUGUUAUUUUUAGGUCAAUUAGUGAUUUGUCAUAUGUAUGUGAUAUAACAGUUUGUCACCACACAGACUCCACCUUUUGGUCCUUCAUUUGAUAAAUGUUUAUUUCCCUUAGCAGGAGUGUGAGAUCAUUUUUGAUUGACAUUUCCCAGAACCCAAACUCUCCCGACCGUAGUGAUGCUUCCAAUGGAACUCUUAUAUAAUGUCACAUGUCUGUCUGGUCUGUGACUGGGUCUUGGUUGGGUCAUGGCUGGGUCAGACAAGCAGUCAUAAGACGGGUCCAGUCUAGGGGUUUGAAUAGCCUGUGUAGAAUGUUCUGUCUGCGUGGGAGGAGCCAGACACAGAGGGGAUUAUGGGUAUUGACAUUGCAGUGGCGACGUCUCACUGACAGUUCUAACAAGACAGACACACGGAGAGAGGGAAGGAGAGAAAGAGAGAGAAAGAGAGAGGAACAGGUAGAGAGAGGGAGAAAGUGAGAAACUAGUUGCUCUGUAGGAGAGGUUGUGAUUUGUCACAACACUCCACAAAGGACAGUAGAUCUAUCCCAAACAUCAGAGAUACUUGUUUUCUUCAUUUUGUGGCAGUUUAUGAAAGUAACAGCAAUAUACACGUUUUUGAUGAAUCUAUGUUCCUGUUGCAUUCUACCUGUUUGUUAAGUGGAUUUCUCGAUUCCUCAAACACCAGCACUGACUGAGCCCAUCUACUAGGACAAUUACUACAUUCUUUGAGAGCUUGGAGGACUAUCCAAGGACUACCAGAAACACUGUCAGCCCACCCAGACCAUCAGCCAUGUUUCAGAAGCAAAGGAAAAGUGUCAAAGCCGUGAGGAGCAACAAGACAGAGGCUAAAGAGAAGGUCCUUUGUAACAAAGCUCAGCAGACGAUAGCUCAGCGAUGUGGAGACCCGAAAGAGGGAGGGAAGGAGGAGAACAUCAAGGAGAACAAGGAGAACCAGCUGAGGUCUCGUGGUGAUGCGGUGGAGGACGUUGAAGAGGUGAAGCCGGCGAGGAAGAGUGUGUUUGAUAAAGCUGUCUAUGACCUGGCCCACACGGAGAGGGUGAUGAAUGACCUGACGUUUGGACGGAGGGUGGCCUUCUACGAGCUGAGAGGGGAGAUCGGCUGUGGAAACUUCUCCCAGGUGAAACUGGGAAUUCAUGACCUGACUAAAGAGAGAGUGGCAGUUAAGAUCCUGGAUAAAGUCAAACUGGACAAGAGGUCCCACGUGCUGUUUGCCUCAGAGAUAGGGUGCAUGGAGAGGCUGUCCCACCCCAACAUAGUGCGUCUGUAUGAGGUAGUGGAGACGUUUAAGCGGCUGUACCUGGUGAUGGAGUACGCCAGUGGAGGAGAUCUGUUCUCACGCAUUACCACCAGGGGUAGACUCUCAGACCUGGAAAGCAAACUCAUAUUUUCCCAAAUUCUGGCUGCAGUUAAACACAUGCAUGAUAACAACAUAGUCCACCGGGACCUGAAGGCAGAGAACGUUUUCUACACCACCACAUACUGCGUCAAGGUAGGCGACUUCGGCUUCAGCACCUCCUCGAGCCCUGAUGACGUCCUCACCAGCUUCUGCGGCUCCACGCCAUACGUCGCCCCAGAGCUCUUCAAGGACAAAGGCUACGUGGGCCAGUCCGCUGAUGUCUGGGCCCUUGGUGUACUACUCUACUUCAUGACUACUGCCAUGUUGCCCUUCAACGCUGCCAACCUCAGCCGGCUGAAGGUCUGCAUCCUUCAGGGCUCCUUCACCAUCCCAGCCUACGUGCCCGACCCCUGCCACCAGGUCAUCCAGGACAUCCUGAGGCCCGUGCCCGCCGACCGCCUCUCCGUGGCUCAUAUCAUGACCUACAACUGGCUGAAGGGCAUUGAUUACCCCCAGGCAUACCCCUCCUCCCGCCCGACCCCAGCUCACCUGGUCGAGCCCUCCCGGGUCCUGGGUACAGAUGAGCUGGAUGUCAAGGCAGCUCUGGCGGACCUGGGGAUAACAGAGAGCCACCUGGUGAACAACACCUGCCCAGACUUGAGGAGCCCUGUGACGGGGGCCUAUAGGAUCCUGCUGCACCGCAUCCAUAAGAGAAAGACAGUGGAGGCGGUGGGGUACAGCGCUGCGUGUCACAAAGACUUCCAGGUCAAGAGACGCUGGAGCGAGGGUACCUUACCUCUGUUGAAGCCUUCUGCUGUGUGUUUAAUCAUGUAGAGGGGAAGGAGUCUAGCCAGUCAGACAGGGAGGAGUCUAGCCAGUCAGACGGGGAGGAGACUAGCCAGUCAGACAGGGUGGAGUCUAGCCAGUCAGACAGGGUGGAGUCUAGCCAGUCAGACGGGGAAGGGUCUAGCCAGUCAGACGGGGAGGAGUCUAGCCAGUCAGACGGGGAGGAGUCUAGCCAGUCAGACAGGGGAGGAGUCUAGCCAGUCAGACGGGGAGGAGUCUAGCCAGUCAGAUGGGGAGGAGACUAGCCAGUCAGACGGGGUGGAGUCUAGCCAGUCAGACAGGGUGAAGUCUAGCCAGUCAGACGGGGAGGAGACUAGCCAGUCAGACAGGGAGGAGUCUAGCCAGUCAGACGGGGAGGAGUCUAGCCAGUCAGACGGGGAGGAGUCUAGCCAGUCAGACAGGGGAGGAGUCUAGCCAGUCAGACGGGGAGGAGUCUAGCCAGUCAGACGGGGAGGAGACUAGCCAGUCAGACGGGGUGGAGUCUAGCCAGUCAG